GCCGCCGCCGCCGCCACGUGCCGGUCCUCGGGCCGCGAGCAGCGCCAGCACCCAGCGGCAGCGCCAGCAGCCAGUGCGACGCCGGCGACCGCGGCUCCGCGCCGCGGCGCGCUUAGCCACGGCAGACCUGCUGCCCGCCACCCUGGAGCCCGGCCUCGGCAGCCUGUUCGCGCUGCGCGGGCCCGCCAUGGACCUCACCACCGCCUACCGCUACAACCAGAACAUGAUGGAGUACUACACCUGCCACGGCGGGGUGAACCAGCUGGGCGGCGUCUUCGUGAACGGGCGGCCGCUGCCCGACGUCGUGCGCCAGCGCAUCGUCGAACUGGCCCACAACGGCGUGCGGCCGUGCGACAUCUCGCGGCAGCUGCGCGUCUCCCACGGCUGCGUCUCCAAGAUACUCUCCAGGUACUACGAGACGGGCAGCUUCAAGGCGGGCGUCAUCGGCGGCAGCAAGCCCAAGGUGGCGACGCCGCUGGUGGUGGACGCGAUCGCCAACUACAAGCGCGAGAACCCCACCAUGUUCGCCUGGGAGAUCCGCGACCGGCUGCUCGCCGAGGGCAUCUGCUCGCAGGACAACGUGCCCAGCGUCUCCUCCAUCAACCGAAUUGUGAGGAACAAGGCGGCGGAGAAGGCGAAGCACGUGCACCAGUCGCAGCAGCAGCAGCAGCAGCAGCAGCAGUCGGGGGCGGCGGCGUCGCCGGCGGGCGGCGGCGCGGGGGCGGGCGCGGGCGCGGGCCCCGGCGUGUCGGUGAUCGCGCACGCGCCCUCCGCCUCCGCCUCCGCCUCCGCGGCCGCCGCCGCCGCCGCCGCCGCCGCCGCCCACGCGCACGCGCACCACGAUUCGUCGCGGCCCGGCGCCUACAGCAUCAACGGCAUCCUCGGCAUCCCGCAGCACGGCGACCAGCCGACGGCCAAGCGGAAGCGCGACCACCACCACGCAGACGAGAACCGCGACCUCAACGGACACCCAGAUGACGACAUCAAGAGGCAGAGGACGCACUACAACGGAGAGCAGCUCUACUCCAACUUGUGGCCGGGCAAGUGGAGCAUCAAGGACGAGCACAAGCUGCUGUCGGAACUGGGCAGCAGCGCGGGGUCGCCCUACUACGACGGUGGGGGCGGCGGAGGCGGCGGUGGCGGCGCGGGGGGCGGCCAGGGCAGCCAGGGCUUCGCCGCGGCGGCUGCGGCGGCGGCCGCGGCGGCGGCGGCGGCUGUCGCGACGUCGUCCGCCUCGGCGGCCGACCUGUACGACGGCAUCGCCUCCAUGACGCAGCAGGCGCCCGUCUACACGCCCUCCCCGCUCGGCGGCCCGCUCACUCCGCUGGCGCCCAUCACGAUGCAGGAGAUGAAGCUGUGCCCCACCGCCGUGCUCGACCCCUCCAUGUCUCCGUACCAGCAAGAGAGCGGAGGCGGAGGCGCAGGCGGGGGCUCGUACCCGUCGCCGGGCCCCGGGGGCGGCUCCAGCGCGAGCGCGAGCGCGGGCUCCGAGCCGGUGGGCGCGGGUUCGUCUCCCGGGCUGCCGCUGUCGCUGCCCGCCGACCCGCCGCCCGCGUCGCCGGGCCUGACGGUGCUGCAGCCGGCCGGCGCCGCCCACGCGCACGCCGCCGCCGCCCACACGCACCACGCGCCGCCCCCGCCGCUGCCCUACGCUGCCGUCCUGCCGGGCUUCGCGCACUACUCCGCAGUGGGCGCGGGCGGCGGCGCCGGCGUCGUCCCGGUGAGCGACUACUCAUACGGGCCGCCAUACUCGCAGUACUCGUCCACGUACGGCUCCUACGGCUACGGCGCCGGCGGGUUACUCACAGGCGCUCCCUACUAUCCGUACGGUGGCUGCGGCGGGGCCGGCAGCACGACCAGCACCAGCAGCAGCUGCAGCACCGGCAGCGGCAGUGGAGGCUGCGGGGGCGGCGGGGGCGGCUGCGAGCCCCCGCAGCUGCAGCUGCAGGCGCACCUGCUGGCUGCAGGCCGCGCCAGCUGCGCCCUCUCCGAGUCGCGGUCGCCGCUGGCGGCCACGAGGGCCAGCUCCGGCGCCAGCGCGGCCUCUCCCACAGGCAGCGCCAGCGCCGCCUGCUCCAGGGCCCAGGGGCUGGACCUCCUUCUGGGCUGAGGCGGGGAACUCCCAGCCGGUCUGGUCUGAGCCUCUCACCAGCGCCACGCGGGGUCUCCACUUCCCGGGGCCUGACGCCCUGCCGAGACGUGUCUCUGACCUCACACUGCAGAGCCUGAUCUCAUACUGCUUCUGGAGGCACAGUGUCAUCACGGUCACCGCUGACGGUCUCGUACCGGUCUCCCCCACCACCCGUACUCUGCACGCUACCGGACUGCGCCACUGAUCUCAUCUGCUGCGGUCUUUCUACCGAACGCGAGAAAAGGCUGUCUCGGCACUUGCUGACUACUGGACGACUAGUCAGCACGAGAGGAAGAGAGAGUCCCCUGGUGCUGUACGUACGUCCCACUACUACCACGAUGUCGGUGUUUGGAGUGUGGAGGCACAGGACCUUUGGUGACUGCACGACAGUUCCACUCUGAACUGCGACCUUUCGUGUCUGGGGAGUACACCACUGGGAUACACUGUCGAUGUGAAUACUACGACCACGAAGCUAUGCCUAUAUACAACCAGAAGAAAAAUUAUGCGACCAUCUUAUACAUAUAUAAAUAUUAAAAGAAAAGUUAGAUGAUUUUUAUUUUUUGUAUACAGAACAGCCAAAGACUUGAUUUAUCAUAUCCCUUAUCAUCAUAAUCCUCUUUUCCAUAUCAUUGUAUGUACAUAUUAACGAAUGUUUCUUUUUUAUAUAAUAUAUAAAUAUUCCUCACAAAUCUCGCACUUGCACAAACAGUAAUCCUUAAUUUUGUCGUUAAGGCCUACUUGCAUCCCACCUGGAAGAACCGCCAGGCAAAUGUUUCUGAAAAAAAAAAAGAGCAGCCACCUCCAUUUGCUCAGCAGCAUCUCAUUUAAACACAGCACGAGGUACUUCAGGGAAAUAAACGCAAUCCGGUACAUGUAAACAGCCCAGAAGGUUGUACACCAAAGAAAAAUUUUUGAAAUUAGUUUAAUUUGUGGGCUGAGAAAUUUUGACAGUUGAUCUCCUUGUGAUAACAGAACUGCAACCAUCGUAAUCACCUUACUUCCAAGAGGGAAGAGCAAAAAUUAAUUAGCAUCAACAAUAAAUUUCAUAGUUUUCCUCCCGUGAGAAAUGCUAUAAAAAUUUUGUAGUAGUGUUAAAUGAAAUCAGAACACAGUCUACUGCCUGCAAAUACUUACUUAUGUCCUCUAAGGAUGUAUUUUGUGAACUAUUAUAGUACAUAACAGGUACCCAAUGGUUUCUGAGUCAUUAUAACAUUACAAUUAAGGCCCCUAAACGUAUACUGAGAAGGUCCUUGUAGGUGGAGAUGCAAGUUCGUGCAAUUAUCAACAAUUCUUUUGUUUUUAAUUUGAGCAAACAAAAAUAGGCUAAGUGUAAAAACUGUUAUACAUGAAGUGUUGCGGAAUGACAAAAGAAACACUUUUACUAGGCUUUCAUUGAGUAAAAACUGAAGCAAUUAACAUCCCUAGUCAGAGUGUCUGUCCCAAGAUACAGUUGCGCCUGCAAGACAAGUGGUUCUUACACACGCCUCUAUGUAUACAUUAUUUAUUGCUUAUUUUCAUAAUAAGUAAAACAAAGUGUAAUAUUUUAUUUUUCAUUUUUACCAAAGAGAUGUUAGCAAUAUUCCCUUGCACAUAAUACGCGAGUAAAUUUUUAUUGAUAAAAAACUAAGAUUGUGACCUAUAUCUUUAAAAUUAAUUUUUAUAUAUCUGAGAAAGAGAAAAAUCUUAAUUGAAUUGUUAUUAUGUUUUAAGAUUGCGAUAGUUCCUUUUGCCCCUUUCAUAUUCCUCGAUGAUCGGUUGAUCUUCGUUUCCAAAAAUUUCCUGCUCCCAUCUUCCCAAUUCCUAAGAGCAUCAGUCACUUUAUCUGGUAUCAUUUAGACUAGGUUACAUAGCGUACAGUUAUUGUAAAGAAAUAAAGAAGUUUCUCCCUAAAUUUCUUGUUCAUUUCAUUUUCAUAUUCAUGUGUCCUCUGCAUGUACCAUUCA